AGCAAAGCAAUACUGCUACUCUUCUUUUGCUGUGCUCGCGUGCUUUAUUAAGGCCUUGUCAUGAUUGUCACUCCAUCCUGAGAUACCCUUUUGUUCUUUAAACCUCCAGGUUACCGUUUCUUCUCUGAACAUGGUACAAGCCAUUCCUUCAGUAUUCUCAACUUUAGCUUUACUAGAGAGGCAUACUUUGCGUGUUGUCGUAAUCAGAGCAUAUUGCCAUUCUGUUCCUGACUUCCUGUCUAUAAGAGAGUACUGUAAUGGACAAUGGCCGACUCCCUUCCCAGCUAUUGGUUUUGCUCAUUUGCUGCCACCAGCCCGUUCUUGUUCUCAAAGGUUCCCAACGAAGUGACAGAAAAUUCCAUCCAUCCUCCACAAACACCCCAUCACCACCCGCAGAAAAAAAAACAUCUGAUCAUUUGCCCAUUACUCUUGUUCUUUCAUAGAUUCAAUUAUGCCUUUUGUUCAUCAACUGUAGUAAAAAAUCACAAAAAAAAUUCGCUGCUUCCUGUACAGUUAGUCUGCAUUUUUAUGUCGUUUUAUCCUUUUUAUUUUACCUGCUCUUGUUUCGCGCCCUUUUCCCUUCGUGAUAAGUUGAAAAAAAGUGAAAAAUCUUCACUUUCCAUUGUUCUUCUACACUACAACUAAUGCCUUUGUUUCAGUUAUUGGUUCUUACAAAACAUAAUUGAUUUAUUCCUUCAUCCUUGCAAUUACUUUCUUCUUCUAGCGACACAUUGACACACCAAAAUAUUGAUAUGAUCCAACCCCCUUCAAACUGAAACCCAGCAAGUCAACUAAGUCAUAUCUUGUCAUCCACGCAAUAUCAACAAACUUUGGCACCAGCCACCAGGACUAUAUAUUAUAUAAGCAAGUGUUUCCUUCUGGAGCAGACUUGGAGAGACAAUAUAUAUUGGCAACCUUCAGGUUAAAGGUUUGCUUUCUUGGCGAAGGAACUGUGUGAUAUUAUAUCACACAGAGUUAUUCCGCCUGGAAAAUUCACUAUAGACAACCAGCCAAAGCUAAAUCAGAGGUUCCACAAUUUGAGAAUUUGAGUCAACUACUAACAUUAGUCAUGGCGGAACCAUUUUCUUUUGAAAUGCCAUUGAAUGAAUGGCGUCAUUAUCUGCAAGACAUCAACUUCUGGUUGAAAGGAUUUCUCAAGAGCCCUGCAUAUCGUGACUUGGAAUUAAAACUCGACAGGUAUGCACUCGUGCACUGGAAUGUUGGGGUGGGACCCGCAGCAUGUUUCACACGAGCUAUAUCAAGCAUCGUCCGGGAGGUCAUGAUCAAGAAACGUGGUCCCUUUGACCACGUGAUAGAGGUGGACAUGAAGCAGGCGUUAGUGCUUGGAACGAGGCUCAGUAUUAAUGACAAGCUGGCCAUCAAAGUGGCGGAGCAGCUUGGGCUACUGGACCAAGAAUACGACAGGCUAAAAGCAGAGGGCGAUGAGCUGUGGUACUAUACCUAUGGCCAGCAGGAUGCAACGGACUCCUUGCGAGAAAAGUUACAAUCAACGGUUUUUCAAAUAUUGAAAAAGCUGCUGGAGAAGAAGUACCUGCUGGUGAUUAACAACCUCAAUGAGCCCAUUAAGCCCAUCAAGCUUAGUGCUUUCACAGAAGACUUAUUAUACCUUCCUCCUCCUGGGUUGGAAGACUCUUUCUGGAUUGUAUCCGGCACCUCCAAAGAUGUCUAUGACAGGAGCAAGCCGGAUUAUGAUUGUAUCGUUGAUUCUUUCAGUGGGGAUGACAUAUUGAUGCUUACUCUCUACUCACUGCAUCAGACAGCCAAGUACAUCUUGGGCGUGACCGGCCACAAAGAUGAACAAUAUUGGCACCACGUGGCCGUCCGGUGCUUUCACUACAUCCUCAUGCUGCUCAUUCCACACUGUUCAUAUGCCCAUAGAGAUGGAGAUCAGCAGAGUUCUGAUGCACUAGCUGAUAUUACUUCAGAUGAGCAGCUGAUACGUCAAUGGGCCAUACAGGGCCUCAUUACUGGCGUGCUAGAAAGAACAACGGAGGUGACAGCAGCUGACUGCCAAGGCAAAUACAAUAAUAUAUACCAAGUGGGAAAUGUCAUCCUUGAAGCUUUUCGAGAGUACUCGUUGCUGCAGCUUCCCUUUUCACCUGCAACUAAAGUUGAUGAAGCCACAAAAUCUGCUGCACACUUCCUAGCUUGUUAUAAUCUCGUUGCAGAGUGCCACACAACAGAAGAAGUUUUUUUUUGUGAGGGAAAUCAUCCUGGAUUGGAGCGCAUGCGGUGGAUCUCACAUCUGGGUGAUCAAGGAUGGCAUGUAAGCAGAGAAUGGUUAAGGCAGGGAGCCAGCGGCCCAACAACACUCAUUAUAAGGCAUUGCCCCCAGCAGUCGAGGUUGUUCAUGAAGCUUCAAUCUAAUCAUUUCUUGGCCAAGCUUUCUUGCCUUCAUGUUUUGGAUCUUUCCUACACUCCUCUAGAAUCACUUCCUCCUUCAAUCUGUUGUCUCCAAAAACUCCAAUUGCUUUCUCUUAGGGGCUGCUAUAACCUCAGAAGUCCAUUCAGCUUCCCAGAUACAGAAAUUACUCUCCGUGAAAACAACAACAACAAAAAGCUCAGCUCGCUCUACUACUUCGAUCUCUCCUAUUCAAAUAUAAGCAACUUCCAAGGCGACUUCUUCCAUAACAUGCCUAAUCUAAAAGAGCUCCUGCUUGUCAAAUGCUCCAACCUUGAGGAGAUGCCACCCUCCAUUGUUGCAUUGUCUAGUCUAACAACACUCGAGCUCACAAGGACUCAAAUAAAAUCUUUUCCUAGGGAGAUGUUUGAGGAAAUGAAGAAGCUCCAAUCACUCAAGCUAACCGAGAACAAGAAAUUGUUGUUUGUACCAGGGUUGGUUUCCAAAUUAUGUGGCUUGAUCAAUAUACAUAUUGAAGGAUGUGAGCCAAUGACAGAAGUAGAGGUAACUUUAGAGAGGCACCCAACCCUGAGAUCAUUCACAUUCAUCGGUGCACCUCAUAUGAGGCGGUUGUCCUUGCGUGGAUGUACAAUGUUGGAGCAUGUUGACAUUAAGGAGGUUGAUGCUUUGGAGGAGCUUGAUUUGUCUGCUACAGCUAUCAGAGAGCUCCCAGAGGACAUUCCUAAUCUACCCCAGCUUAGGCGAUUGCUUCUCAUGGGCGUUCCAUUCCUCAAACGAUUUCCUUGGCAUAAGCUACAGAGACUCCCAGGUGUGUUUUGCUUGGAUCAAUGCUCAGACAAAACUGGUAAUCAUUCCAAUCCACAAGAUGCUCAGGUGUGCGUAAGUGAUUCCAGAUUCUUUUAUAGCUUCGACUCGAGCACCAGGGAUUUAGUAAGAGGUGGAAGCCUUUUGAAAUCUUUCUAUGUUCGAGUUACAUCAUGCAAGGCCACAACUAGGGAGAUACAUGAUGAAGAGGACAUGGUGAAAACCGACAGGCUUCAAGUAGCACUGACAGCAUAUGCUGAUGUAAACCAUCACUAUCUGACAGAUGGAGUAGUCUUUAUGGUGUCAAUGGAUGACGUGCCUCCCUUUCGGGAGGCUGAGCGUCACCUGGAGAUCUCAGCCGUGGAUCGGUAUCCCCGUGGUCUAGAUUAUCUUCUACGAGUCACAAAGUCAAUUAGCAUGUCAGAUGACACUCACAUCUCCUGUCUCGGUGAUCAUCUGGGUUAUUUGGAUAGUGAGCUGGAGGAAUGUAAGCUGCAACGGUGCCAUCAGAUGCAAGAAGUCUUUAGUGACUAUGUGAGAACUGUGAGGCAUGCAUUUGUCUCCCAUCUGAAAAGUCUAACCCGUUUCAACCGUGGUGACUCCCCUGGUUUCGAUACACUGAAGCACCUACACCUAGAGUACUGCCCGAGAUUGGAGGCUGUAAUAUCAAGUCCAUCUGCACUGCCAAGUCUUGUGACACUGGACAUCCGCUUCUGCUACAACCUCAAGGCAAUUUUCUACGACGACGGCAUUAAUGAUCCUUGUAAUUAUUACGAGCUCCCUCGCCUCCGAAGGAUACGCCUCCAGGAGCUGCCACUUUUGGAGAAACUCCACGUCGACAACCCCAUCCUGACCGCGCCCGCGUGGGAGGAGCUCCACGUCCGUGGGUGCUGGAGCUUGCGCCGCCUCCCGCGCCUCGACCAGAAACCAGACAAGGCCGUGAAGGUGAGUGGGGAGCGGGCCUGGUGGACCAAGCUGUGGUGGGACGACGUGCCUUCGCAUCGCGGCAGCUACGAGGCCAGGCUUCCCCCGGCGUCCGCCUCCAUCCGCGAGCGUGUCGUCAUCAGGACUUACCUCAGAUGAUGAAGGAAUACAUACCAUGCUCAAGCCUACAAGUUGAUCAAGUUAAUCGAUUUGUCGAUUCCACAGCAAUAAGUCAGCAACAUCCGUCGCCCCAUUCAUGCACACAGCCUGCGUCUCCAGUUUCGCCUGCUGCAUGCGCCUCCUCCCAAAAUUUGAUUGGUUCAAUGUAUGCCUUGUUAUGGUAUUUCCAAAUAAGGUUUAGCUUCGUCUUACUGCUUCAUCGACCGGCCUCCCACCCAGCAGGCCGGCCCAUCCAGCAGUAGCAGCUCAACCAGAUUGUAUAUUAUAUUUCAGCCAGUGUGUGUUGUUGUGUGCUAAUUUGCUUGGAUCAGUUUGACAGUUUGUGCGGUGACUUUGCUUGCCUGUGACAAGUGAAACUUGUGUAAUAAUUAAUACUCCCUCCAUCCUAAAUUAUUAUUCGUUUUAGCUUUUGUAGAUACAUAAUUUUUGCUACGUAUCUGAACAUAAUAUAUAUCUAGAUGCAUAGCAAAAGUUACGUAUCUAGAAAAUCCAAAACGAAUAGUAAUUUGGACGGAGCGAGUAUAAGUUUGUUUGCUACAA